CUUAAGAGCAUUUUUGAUUCCGCUGAAUGAAGAGCGGGUAUCUUUUUCCUUUGAGUGUGGCAGCAAAAAUUGGGAAAGCAGGCAAGAUAGCGCGAUAAACAGUUCAGGCUGGGUUCAGUCUCUGGUGGAAAAAAGUGCUGCAAUGAAAAUUGGAUUGGCUUUGGAUUGCAAAACCUGUUGACUCCAGCAAGUGGUUCAGUACCAAGAGGGAUUUCCUGCCUGGCCUGGCACAGCAGUGCCUGCCCAAGGUCGAGUCUGUUCUGCACGGUUUGUGUGCCUUUUUUUUCCCCUUUAUGCAAUCUCUUUCAGCUUUAGCAGCAGAAGUACAUCGGAUGGAAAAGAUGUGUCAGAGGGCAGCUUGGAAAAGAUGAAUGUCAUAUAUAUACUUAUAUAUGUAUGUGCGUGUGUAUAAGUUUCUGCAUCCGAACUUUUGAAGAAAAUCUGACUGGAGGAAAUCUUAAAAGCCUUAAGUUACUUGAAACCUACACGUUUGCAACUCUCUGUCUCUGGAAUUGCAUUAAGCUAAACUGGAAUCUCAGGCUGUAUAAAGAUUAUAUCAAGUAGAGCAAAAAGAUGAUUUAACCAUUUCUUGAGCGCCUCUUACGAAGUAGCUUUUUCUCCAAAGGAUACGUGCACCCUCACUCUAUGGACUCAAAAAAGAAAAAUGAACCUGAAUUUUUUUUUAAGUGUUACUUUUUCUUAGCCAACUGCCAUCAUCUUUUAUAGAGGAAUUUUUCACUAUGCAUUUGGUGGAUAUUUAUAAACACUGACCCCAUCCUCCUCCUUUUCAAUGAUCUAUCCCAGGUCAGUCUUAUCAAUAAAAGAAUUGAUUUAAAUUUUGUGCACUAGACAUAUUACUUUCUUAUGUCAAAAAAUAAAAUAUUUAAAAAGCAUGUAUGCAGCAGUGGAACAUGGGCCUGUUCUUUGCAGCGAUUCCAACAUCCUCUGCCUCUCCUGGAAAGGGAGAGUCCCCAAAAGCGAGAAGGAGAAGCCGGUGUGCCGGAGACGAUACUAUGAGGAAGGCUGGUUGGCAACAGGCAAUGGCAGAGGAGUUGUAGGCGUCACUUUUACCUCCAGCCAUUGCAGGAGAGACCGGAACACCCCUCAGAGGAUCAACUUCAAUUUGAGGGGCCACAAUAGUGAGGUUGUGCUGGUGAGAUGGAAUGAACCAUUUCAGAAACUAGCAACCUGUGAUGCAGACGGAGGAAUAUUUGUUUGGAUACAAUAUGAAGGCAGAUGGUCUGUGGAGCUUGUGAAUGAUCGUGGGGCACAGGUGAGUGACUUUACGUGGAGCCAUGAUGGGACUCAAGCACUUAUCUCCUAUAGAGAUGGAUUCGUGCUGGUCGGAUCAGUCAGUGGGCAAAGACACUGGUCUUCAGAAAUAAACCUGGAGAGUCAGAUCACCUGUGGUAUAUGGACUCCAGAUGACCAACAGGUACUGUUUGGCACUGCUGAUGGCCAGGUUAUUGUCAUGGACUGCCAUGGCCGAAUGCUGGCCCACGUUCUCCUUCACGAGUCAGAUGGUAUCCUCAGCAUGUCCUGGAACUACCCCAGCUUCCUGGUGGAGGACAGCAGCGAGAGCGACACCGACUCUGAUGACUAUUCCCCACCGCAAGAUGGACCAGCUGCAUAUCCCGUGCCAAUGCAGAACACCAAACCGCUGCUUACUGUCAGCUUCACGUCAGGAGAUAUUAGUUUAAUGAACAACUACGAUGACUUGUCUCCUACUGUCAUCCGCUCAGGGUUGAAAGAUGUGGUGGUACAGUGGUGUACACAGGGAGAUUUGCUUGCAGUAGCAGGUAUGGAGAAGCAAAGUCAGCUAGCUGAUCUUGGCAAUGGUUCCAUGUUGAAAAGUGCUCUUGUCAAGUUCUACAAUGUGCGUGGGGAACAUAUCUACACUCUGGAGACCCCUGUUCAGCGUCCCAUCAUCUCCAUCUGUUGGGGUCACAGGGACUCGCGCCUGCUGAUGGCUUCUGGGCCUGCCCUGUAUGUUGUCAGAGUGGAGCACCGGGUGUCCAGCCUGCAGCUUCUGUGCCAGCAGAGCAUCGCCAGCUGUCUGCGGGACGACAAGGAUGUCAGCAAGCUGAGCCUGCCGCCUCGCCUCUGCUCAUACCUCACCACUGCCUUUAUACCAACAAUCAAGCCUCCUAUCCCAGACCCAAACAAUAUGAGAGAUUUUGUCAGCUACCCAACAGCUGGCAACGAACGACUUCACUGCACAAUGAAGCGGACAGAGGAUGAUCCAGAGGUCGGUGGCCCAUGUUACACUCUGUACUUGGAAUACCUUGGGGGAUUGGUGCCUAUCCUGAAAGGACGUCGUAUCAGCAAGUUACGGCCAGAGUUUGUCAUCAUGGAUCCUAAAACAGAUGGGAAAGCAGAUGAAAUCUAUGGAAACAGCUUGAUUUCCACUGUGAUUGACAGCUGCAACUGCUCUGACUCCAGCGAUAUCGAACUGAGUGACGACUGGGCAGCAAAGAAGUCCCCCAAAAUCAGCCGAGCUAGCAAAUCACCCAAACUCCCCAGAAUCAAUAUCGAAGCUCGCAAAUCUCCAAAGAUGUCACGAGCUGCACAAGAGAUAUCAAGAUCUCCAAGGUUACCAAUAAGGAAACCUUCUAUUGGUUCACCAAGCCUAACCCGAAGGGAGUUUCCUUUAGAAGAUAUUACUCAGCAAAACUAUCUUGCUCAGGUCACAUCUAACAUCUGGGGAACCAAAUUUAAAAUUGUGGGUUUGGCUGCUUUCCUACCAACUAACCUUGGUGCAGUAAUAUAUAAAACCAGUUUGCUGCAUCUUCAGCCCAGGCAAAUGACCAUAUAUCUCCCAGAAGUGCGAAAGAUUUCAAUGGACUACAUUAACUUGCCUGUCUUUAAUCCAAAUGUUUUCAGUGAGGAUGAGGAUGAUUUACCAGUGCCUGGCGCGCCCGGCGUCCCCGAGAGCAGCCCACCGUGCACCGUGAACAUCCCCAUCGCCCCUAUCCACAGCUCCACACCCCUGGGCUAUGAGCGCAUCACCACGUUUGACAGCAGCGGCAAUGUGGAGGAGGUGUGCAGGCCGCGCACCAGGAUGCUCUGUGCCCAGAACACCUACACCCUGCCAGGGCCCGGCAGCUCGGCCACGCUGCGCAUUACCGCCACCGAGAAGAAGAUCCAGCAGCCCUGUUCAAGCGCCACCCUGAACAGACUCACUGUCCCGCGCUACUCCAUCCCAACUGGGGACCCACCACCUUACCCCGAAAUCGCCAGCCAGCUGUCACAGGGCCGAAGCAUUGCACAGAGGCUGGACAGCACUAUUAUUCACGCCACUCUGCGGCGGAACAGCAGAGAGGCAGCUAUGAAAAUGGCUCAGCUGGUUGACGGUCAACGAGCCACUUUGCAACUUCCCCUGAAAGCCAAGAGCAACGUUGUGACAGCACAGUACCCGCAGAGAGCACCUACAGCUUUGUACACCUGCAGCCAGUGCAGCAGCAGUAGCAGCAGUGGCAAUGGCAGCAGCAGCACAGGCACUGGUGUGGGGAGCAUGGCUAAUGCCAAUGCUAGUAGCAGCACUUCCAGUAUUAGUGGUCUGAGACCUGACUUAAGCACAGGCAGUAGCUCCCAGCAUAGCUCUGUCAUUGCUCACUCUGUCAGUACUUCACCUCUGGCCUCCCAAUCUUCCUAUAGCUUGCUGAGCCCACCUGACAAUUCCCGUGACCGGGCAGAUUAUAUCAACUCAGCCUUCACAGAGGAUGAGGCCCUUUCUCAGCACUGCCCAGUGGAGAAAUCAAUGCGGCAUGUCCCAGUGGCUUUGACAGAGGCUGCCAUUGGUGUAAAACGGCCACCACCGUACCAGUGGGACCCUAUGGUGAGUGAAGAGAUAUGGGUUCCUCAGGAAAGGACAUCUCAGAGCUCAGUACCCAACCCUCUAAAACCUACUCCUCUCAUCAUUGGUCAAACUCAGCAUUUGGAUAUGUCUCGAGUGCCAUUUGUUUCCCCUAAGUCUCCAACCAGUCCCACUGCCACGUUCCAGACGAGUUAUGGGGUUGGAGUCCCAUACCCAGGAAGCUACAGUGCCCCCCCUCUUCAGGGAAUGCAGCCCUCCUGCUCCCCUAAAGAAGCUUUGGCCCCAACGCAGUUUGCACAGCAGGAGCCAACAGUAGUGCUUCAGCCAGGUUAUCCAUCUAACCUCUCCUAUUGCCCUUUGCCACCCAUGUAUCCAGGAGGUAGCACUUGCUCUAGUUUACAGCUGCCACCGAUAGCCUUGCACCCGUGGAGCUCCUACAGUGCAUGCCCACCUGUACCAAAUCCCCAAGGCACUUUGCCCCCGAAGCCACUCCUUGUGGUGGAGAAACCAGUUUUGUCUCCUCCACCAGCAGAGCUUCAGGGCCAUGUGGGCACAGAGGUGAUGGUGGAAACAGCAGACACCUUUCAGGAGGUGCUUUCCUUGACAGAAAGCCCUGUUCCUCAAAGGACAGACAAAUUCGGCAAGAAGAACCGGAAGCGUCUAGAUAGCCGAGCUGAGGAAGGAAACGUGCAAGCUAUCACUGAGGGCAAGGUCAAAAAGGAGGCAAGGACACUAACAGACUUCAAUUCACUAAUAUCCAGCCCAAGGCUGGGCAGGGAGAAGAAGAAAGUCAAGAGCCAAAAAGACCAGCUGAAGUCCAAGAAGUUGAACAAGACAAAUGAAUUUCAGGAUAGUUCGGAGAGUGAACCAGAGCUUUUUAUCAGUGGGGAUGAACUGAUGAACCAGAGUCAGGGCAGCAAAAAGGGAUGGAAAACCAAGAGGAAUUUGAGGACCGCUAGCGAGCUGGAUGAAUUCAAGUGUCGUAAGGCCAAUGAAAAGGAGGAUGGACGACUGGGGAGCCAGGGCUUCGUGUACGUGAUGGCCAACAAGCAACCUUUGUGGAACGAGGCAACACAAGUGUAUCAGCUGGACUUUGGCGGGCGGGUGACCCAAGAGUCUGCAAAAAACUUCCAAAUUGAGCUGGAAGGACGACAGGUGAUGCAGUUUGGAAGAAUUGAUGGCAAUGCCUACAUUUUGGACUUUCAGUAUCCGUUUUCUGCAGUGCAAGCCUUUGCUGUUGCUCUGGCUAAUGUGACUCAACGCCUCAAAUGAACAAGCAGAGACUGGAGAGAGGAAAAUGUUCACAAAACCAUCUCAAAAAGUCCAAGCCAGAAAAUGUUAGGGCAGUCUGCUUUAGGUGCGCAGAGGUGCCUGGGAACGAAAAAGGCAGUAAAACUGGAAAAGUCUUUUGGUGCCCCAGACAAGGGCAUUAACUCUAAUCAGUCAUGGGGUGGAGGGUGGGGGGACUCUUUUCUCUUUUGUUCCUUCAUUUGUUUUUGGUUUGUUUGUUUCUUUGUUUGUUUUUUAGCGUUCUGCUGGGUUUCAGAAAGAGCGGAGGGUUGAGAGCCGUUCAGUGUCACGUGGAGGUGUGUGGCUUUUGGCUUGUUGUGGUGAUUCUGCCGUGUUUGCUACAAUAGCUACGUAAGCUCAUAGGGGGAUUAAAAUGACUGCUCUUUUUGAUAGACUGCCUUAUAUCAUGCUAUUAUUUUUAAAACAGGGAGCAUAACUUUUUUCUGGUCCACUUUGUACUACUACUACUAUUACUACUA